GUUCAUUUCUCAAGGGUCAGACUUUGCCAAGGCUCUGAGUCUGUGCUCAGUACAGUUCUGUGGCAUUGUCAAGUCUGCCGUGAUGCCACCUCUGUCUCCCAACCUGUCUUCACCUCAACCUCCAGUAGUCACAGAUGGUUCAGGUUCAACGAAACAGAUGUCUGUUACUAUUGCUGCUGGAUUACCGCAUUUCUCAGUGGGUUACAUGCGCAACUGGGGCCGAGACACAUUUAUUGCCCUUCCUGGAAAUCUUCUCAUCACUGGAAGAUAUGAUGAGGCAAGAUGGAUUAUCUUGGCAUAUGCGAGCACAAUGCGUCAUGGCCUCAUACCCAACCUUUUGGAUGGAGGUAUCAAGGCUCGAUUCAACUGUAGAGAUUCUGUCUGGUGGUGGCUCCAGUCCAUCCAAAGGUAUGUGGCAAUUGUUCCUGAUGGCAAUCGCAUCUUCAGGGACAGAGUGUCUCGUCUCUUCCCUACUGAUGACUCACCACCUCAAGAACCAGGCAGACAUGAUCAGUUGCUAGAGGACGUGAUUCAGGAGACCCUGCAGCGCCACUUCCAGGGCGUGAAGUUCCGUGAGAGGAAUGCUGGUUACCAGAUUGACAGGGAGAUGUGCGAUGAAGGUUUCAACAACGAGAUUGGAGUCAGUUUGGAAACAGGUUUUGUGUAUGGUGGAACGGUUCACAACUGCGGUACAUGGAUGGACAAAAUGGGUUCAAGUGAGCUGGCAGGAAUCAAA